AUGUCCGCGGAGAGAGAGGCAGCCAAGGGGGCCACCGCGGUGGCGACGGGCGACGCCCACCCGCUGCGCUACCUGGAGCUCACCGGCUUCGGCGGCCACGACAAGCUGAAGCUGCGGACCAGACCGGCCGCGCCCCCGGCCCCCGGCCCCGGCCAGGUGACCGUGCGCGUCCGGGCCAGUGGCCUCAACUUCGCCGACGUGAUGGCCCAGCAGGGGAUCUACGACCGGACGCCGCCGCUGCCCCACACGCCGGGCAUGGAGGGCGCGGGGGUCGUGGUCGCGGUGGGCGAGGGAGUCCAGGACCGCAAGGUAGGGGAUCGGGUGAUGGUGUUGGUCCGCUGGGGCAUGUGGCAGGAGGAGGUGACUGUGCUCUCAGCCCAGACCUUUCUGAUGCCUGAGGCCAUGACCUUUGAGGAAGCUGCUGCCUUGCUGGUUAAUUAUAUCACCGCAUACAUGAUCCUCUUUGACUUUGGCAACCUACGGCCUGGCCACAGCGUCUUGGUACACAUGGCUGCAGGGGGUGUGGGAAUAGCCGCCUUGCAGCUGUGCCGAACAGUGGAGAAUGUGACGGUGUUUGGAACGGCCUCAGCCAGCAAGCAUGAGAUACUGAAGGAGAACGGGGUCACAUAUCCCAUUGACUACCACACGACUGACUACGUGGAGGCGGUCAAGAAGAUCUCCCCCAAAGGCGUGGACAUCGUCAUGGACCCUCUGGGUGGGGCCGACACUACUAAGGGCUACAACCUCCUGAAACCCAUGGGCAAGCUGAUCACCUAUGGAAUGGCCAACCUGAUGACAGGCCCCAAGCGGAACCUGAUGGCCCUGGCACGUACAUGGUGGAAUCAGUUCAGCGUGACAGCUCUGCAGCUGCUGCCGGCCAACCGGGCCGUGUGUGGCUACCACCUGGGCUACCUGGAUGAUGAGGUGGAGCUGGUCAGUGGUGUGGUGUCCCGCCUGGUGGCUCUGUACAACCAGGGCCACAUCAAACCUCACAUUGACUCUGUGUGGCCCUUUGAGAAGGUGGCGGAUGCCAUGAAGCAGAUGCAGGAGAAGAAGAAUGUGGGCAAAAUCCUCCUGGUGCCUGGGGCAGAGAAGGAGAACUAG